AUGACGUCGACCAUUAUUUUCAAGUCAAGAAAAGACUACAACGAAGAAUACUUUAUUGGGUGUUUAAGUCCAAACAAAGAAGCAACCACACCAAUAGUAACGUUCAACAGCAGUGGAAUGACACCAAGAAAAUGCAAAAUGUUUUGUCAAGAGCAUGGACAUUCUGUGGCAUUGUUAAAGCAUGGAGCACAAUGUUUUUGCUCAGAAUAUAGCCACAUUGUAUCUUGGGAAGAAAACAAGUCUUCCUGUUCAAUUCCAUGCACUGGGGAAGAACAAAUGUUCUGCGGUGGCAAAGAAACAUACUCUUCCUAUCGAAUCGUACCAGACCUUAACAACCUUGCCUGGCAGACGGACGCGGAAACGUCAGGUGCGAAUGAAUCUGGUCGGCAGAUCAUCAUCGAUUAUAGGCGAAAGAGCCGAAAAGAAAGACCCCCUUCACUACCAUCCAUAAAAGACACAUCAUAUUCCCUACAAACUCCAACUAUCAAUACAGAAUCCCUCGUUAUCCCUAUUAAAACACGGUCAACUUCAUCCAUGAACCGAAACGCCACUAGAGCCCCUGUAACAUUGGUAUCCAUCGCCGAAGAACCGAGCAAAACAUUGAAAAUGGAUAGUGGAAUCUAUGCCGAGAUACCGAUGACAAGUUUUAAUCAUUCUUUGAAGGAAUGUCAACCAGAAAAUGAGCCCAAUGCCAACACUGACGCAGUUCAUAACAGAAUGAAUUCAUCAGGAAAUGAAACAUACGACUGCACUGUCGAUAACUUGUUAAAUCCUGAGUGUCUAUACAUUGAAGUACUACCGUGA